UUAGAAGGACUCGGGUCAGCUUUGCAAAGGGGGUGUCUGCUGAGCACUUCCUGGAUCAACAGCCCCCCGUCCCUGGGGUCAGGCAGGGGGGCUGGGGCUGGGUUGCAGCUAGAGAGGCCCCUCUUGGGCUGGGAGGAGCUAGAGAGGCCCCUGCCAGCCUGUCACAGGCUCUUGGCACUGGCACUGGCUCUGGCUUUCACACACACACACACACACACACACACACACACACACACACACACACACACACUGGCAAGCACCCCCCAGGUGGCCUCCACAGUCUCACCUUCAGACUUACAGGUCCUGCCUCCCAGACUCAAAGCUGGCUCCGUGGGGACACAGUGACAUGAGAGGCACACCACAGACCCACCUCCUGGCCUUCUCCCUCCUCUGCCUCUUCUCCAAGGUGUGUGCCCAGCUGUGCCCAACACCGUGUACCUGUCCCUGGCCCCCACCCCGAUGCCCACAGGGGGUGCCCCUGGUGUUGGACGGUUGCAACUGCUGCCGGGUAUGUGCACGGCGGCUGGGGGAGCCCUGCGACCAUCUCCACGUCUGCGACCCCAGCCAGGGGCUGGUCUGCCAGCUCGGGGCGGGCCCUGGCGGCCGGGGGUCCGUGUGCCUCUGUAAGCAGUGUGGGCUGGGCGUGGCCACCCGGGUGUCCAACCAGAAUCGCUUCUGCCGCCUGGAGACCCAGCGCCGCCUCUGCCUACUCGGGCCCUGUCCACCCACCAGGGGCCGCAGCCCACGGAACAGCGCCUUUUAGAGCCAGACUGAGGAUGGACACUCGGUGUCACCCGCCCGCCAAGCAAGCAACCUGGGCUGCACGCAACAGUCCAGCUUGGGUCCACCAUCCGGGCCCCGGAGGACGAGAGUGUUCCCAAGCCAGCUGGUCCACCUGGACCCUGAGAUGCAGCGGGAUGCAUGCCCUAGUCCCCCUUUCUCUAACUCACAGCCUGGGAGAAUGGCCAGGUUUCUUCUGGUCCAUUCACAGCCUUUAUCAAUGAUGCGCACGGGCUAGCUUUCCAGAGAUGGGGCCACCAUCUCUCCCUUAAUCAUUAGACUGAGGCAGGUGCUGGGCUGGAUGGGCUAUUUUUCUGGGGGUAUGCUAAAGAGGGCACAGAUGUUCUGAAUCUCCUGCUUCCUUUCCUGGAGCGAUGUAAGAAUAUCCCUGAAUAUGUGCCUAUGUGUCCAGCCUGUGCUGUCUGAGAAAGCCCUCCCCCCCCACCAUGGGCAGAAUCCAGGGGCUGAAUUCUUUGUAAAAAUCACAAGGUGAAAUCACUCUGUCUUGAAGAAAGUCAGAAAACAGGCCUUAACUUGACCCCUUAAACCCAACUUGUAUUAGUAAGAAUUAACCUUUUUUGAGACUCUGCAAUGCACCAGGCCAAGCCAGACAUUUCAUACGGGUCGGUGCUUGGAAACAUUUCUGACUAGAGAGAAGCAGGGGAUGAUGAAGAGUACCUUCCAGAGACUGGGGAACACGGCCUGAAAUAAACCAACCCAUGUGUGAA